GAUGUCUGGUGAAGAAACCCAAUCUGUCACAAAACAGACCACAGCACUGCUAAAGUCUAUGGAAGAAAGUGACAGAAAUACUAUCAUUAAAAAUUUGGGUACAGAAGUCAUUAUUCCAGCCAAUCACAUCACAGCAAUGAAAUCAAAUUUAAACAUGCCAUGGAAUCAACUACGUGAAAUAUCACGUUGGUUGAAAACAUUCAACAUAAAAAUUGAAUCAGAAAAAAAAGCAAGAAGUGUCGCUGCUGAAUGGGUAGGCCAAGGACUGAGAGUUGAGCUGGCUCCUCUCACCAAAUUAUCAGUUGGAAACAGGGUAUCCGUUAUACCUAGGCCCUGGGGGUAUCUGUAUAAUGUAGUUGGCCACAUUCUGUAUCAACUCAAAAAGCUAGAAUGUCACAAUUUACUUGUAAAACAUAGUUUCAUUCCUGACAAUGAGAUCCAUGUUAAAAUUGGUGGAGACCAUGGAGGAAAUAGUUUUAAAAUGGCAUAUCAAAUAGGCAAUGUUCUAAACCCAAACAAGAAGGAAAACACAAUAAUGUUUAGCAUUUUUGAAGGGAAAGACACAAGAACAAACUUAAGAGUCUGCCUUGAACGGUUUCGACCACAAAUAAAAAUGCUGCAACAAGUCAAAUAUAAAGAGUCGAUAUUCCGUGUAUUUAUGUAUGGCGACUACGAAUUUCUGUGUGCAAUGUAUGGUAUAACUGGUGCAAAUGGGCGUCACAGCUGUUUGUUUUGCAACAUUACCUCAAAACUAAUGAACAUCCCAGUGUUUACUCGCAAGAAAUUUAAGAAAAGGUCACUGGCGACACUUGAAGAAAAUUUAGCAGAUUUUCGUGAAAGUGGUGGGAGCCCUAAAAAUGCGAAAGAAUUUUAUAAUGUCAUUGACAACAUAUUUUUUGACAUACCUAUUGAUCAAGUAUACAUCAUAUUUUUAUGCUUUUCCACUGCAAGUUGA